UCAUUGAAUAGAUCACUCUCUUCAAUACCCCUUUAUUCCUAUUUUCAUAAUCCUGUUGCCUUUAGUUCUCGAGAUAUUUCUAAUAGGACUUUUAUCUGCCUCACCCUGUAUAAUUCUUAAGUCUCUUUCAUCUAAUCCCGCUUCUUUCAAGACGGUUUUAAGCUUAUCAUGUUUUACUCUACAAACUCUACGCUACUCUACAAACCUAUAAUGAAACUAAAACAGUAUAAUAUGUUCCAAGACAUAUACUACUAUUCCUGUGCUAUAAGUUAUUAUUUUACAAAUAUAAAGUUGAUGUAAGUCAGUUGCAAUUAGUCUGACAGUUCUUUCACAGUUUCAGCAUCAACAGCUUACUGCGUUUUAUUUCGGGUUUUCACAUUUUUUUUUCUAUAUUCGCGAAGCAAACUGUUGUGAAGUUAAAGAUUAUCAAAAUGAAGUACAAAUAUAGACUUUCUUUUCUACUAAUUUGGCUGCCAGUGAUACUGAGUAUAAGAAUACCUCCUAAUCCCUGCCCUGAUAUGUUUCAGUACUACAAAGAUGAUGAAGGGGUAAUAUACGGAGUAGCGCAUCUGCCAUACGAUAACGCUACGUCAUUAGUAUUUAGUGUAAACGCAUCUUUCGUGGGAAAUCCUAAACAAACGACACUAAGGCUGGAAAGAUUAACUAAAGUACAUGAACUUAAUGAUGGCACGACUGAAGUUACAUACAACAUAUAUUUCCCGUCUAACGAAGUUAUACCUAAAAUAACUGGAAUCACAUAUAACGAUAUAAUAUACUGUAGCAGUUAUGAACCAGUAGGAGCAACCAGGAUAACUAACGUUAGGUACCAACACGAGUCCAAUUAUACGAGACAAAUAAAAGGAUUCUACAAACCUGAAAUUGAAUCAGAUAUUUCAGAAGACAAUAUCCCUGUUAAAAAUCCAAUUGAAAAGCCAACGGCAACUCGAGGAGUUCCCAAACCGACUCCAGACAAAGUCAGGACCGUAACUCCUCUGAUACCAUCACCACAGCUCAUACCAAACGAAUCACCUACUGUGCUUGACCCAACUGAGACUGACCCGGGCCCGGAUCUAAUUUAUGAGAAACUUAUCGACCAACCCUUUCCAAUACCAUCUACCAGUCUGUCCCCACCGAAGACAUUUAUAAUUCCAUCGUCCAAUAGCGAUUUCAAAUGCGGAGUGGCUAUUAGGAAUGAACAACCAAAAAAAGAGGCACUACCGUUUAUAUUAAUUGGUACUGACACCGAGAUUGGACAAUACCCUUGGCUGGUCGCUUUCUUCAGGAACAGGGGAUCCAAGUACGAAUACAAAUGCUCUGCAACAUUAAUUUCAGAUCAACAUGUCCUCACCGCUGCACGUUGCGUCCAACAUUAUAAAAUUCAAGUUGUACAAACCGAAGAAAUAUUCUUAGUAAUGGGUACCAAUAAUUUGGACAACUGGAACAGUAAUGGAGCCGUCACCAGGAAAGCUAAGCGAGUGGAUGUACAUCCGUCUUUUAUAGAAAAUUCAGAAUCUGCUCAUGGGGAUAUUGCUAUUAUUUUAAUGGACCGUCCAGUCCAAUUUUCCAAUGUUUUAACUCCAGUAUGUCUAUGGAAAGGCAACACAGAUCUCUAUUCUCUGAUCAAUAAAACGGGAGUUAUAUCAGACUUUAGUCACGCAUUAAAGUCAAAACAACCGGAAAUUACCAUUAUCGGUCAAGUCGAAUGCCAGGAAACUACCCUGGGAUUCCAGGACCUUCCGUCUGAGAAAACAUUCUGCACAAAACGCCGCGGAGAAACACCACUUACUGGUCCCUGCAGUGGAGACAUUGGUGCAGGAUUCAUCAUAUCCAGGGACGGAGCAUACUAUUUAAGAGGUAUAGCGUCGGCUAUUCCCGACGAUAAACACGGAAUAUGUGAUGUGUCAAACACGUACUCAGUGUUUUGUGACGUUGCCAAAUUCUCGUAUUGGAUAAAAUCCCACAUGACGUAAAUGAGUGUAGUCUAAAUAAACUGUGAUCUUUAAACUGGAUACUUUGGUGGACAUUCAAUAUUUACAGGCUGUUUGUUGAGUUUUUGCUAGUUUUUAUAAGAAAUAAAGUUGUAAUAGAA